AUGAGGGAAGGAAGUUACCUACGGACGGUCCCGUCGGCGGAGGCUGGGAGCAGCGGGCGGAGCGGGCGGUCCCGGGUGGCCGAGCAGGUUCGGCGCGGCGGCUACCGCAGUGCCCUCCGCCCCAUUGUUUCCCUUCCAAGACGAUCCCGGCGAAGCCGAGCCCGGGAACCAGGAAGUUCCCCGGCGCGACACCUCCUGCCGCCGCUAUGGAAACGGCCCCCGCCUCCCAAGGCGGCUCGCCCGGGACCCCGCCUCCGCGCCGCCGGCCCCGCCCGCCUCACCGGCCGCUGCCAACCGUUGCCGAUGGGGCCGCGGCCGCCGCCAUCUUGGCGCGGCACGGGCGGCCCCUUCCCGGCGGCACGUGCGCGUCGCUCCCGCGCUCCCGCCGUGCGCGCUCCCGCAGGCCGCGGGGGCGCGCGCCCGGAGCUGCAGGUGGAGGCGCGCGUUCCUGGACGUCCCUCGACAGGAAGCGAGGUCCUCCGACUCGGGGGCCGGCGGUGGAAGCCAGGACGUCGAGCAGGGCUUCGAGGCAAUGCUCGAAAACGACACAUUCGCGUGUCCGACAGACGGGUCAAGAGGAUGGCUGAGACCUGGGGGGAGGUCAACAGAGUAGGGGACAGGAGCGUGGUCCCUAGAGCCAGGCCGGCUCGUUUUCCGUUUCUGGAUCAACUGCUUACCAGGUGUCAGACCUUGGACACUUUAAUUUUCUCUAUGCCUCAGUUUCUUCAUCUGUAA